CAUUGAACGCCCGAAGGCGCGAAACGUAGUCGUUGCCGUUCUUAUCAGUGCUCGGAGCACGAAUUUUCCCAUUAACUUGGAGUCCGGAUAGCAGAUAAAUUACUAAUUUAUAUAAAUUUGCCGUUUCAAUAUGACGGCAAGCAAGCAGCAAGAGGCCGAGGCCGAGCAUGAUCCCCAGGUGGUAGUCACUCCUGCAGAUGCUACGCACAGCUCUCGCCAUGACAAGGGCCUGUGGCGGGAUCUUACCUCCUACUGGAUACUGGGUCUGUGCAAUAACUAUGGCUAUGUGGUGAUGCUGAGUGCUGCCCAUGAUAUUAUCAAACAGUUUAAUCCGAAUGACGAGGCUGCUGAAAGCGAUUCGGGUAGAAAUUGCCAUUUGGUGUCCACUGGCGCCAUAUUGUUGGCCGAUGUGCUACCCUCGCUUUUUGUCAAGAUGCUGAUGCCCUUCUUUCCCUUUUGGGUUAACUUUCGCAUUGCCCUUGCUGUAAUCUUCUCGGCCGCCGGUUUCCUGCUGGUGGGAUUCGCUGAAGCCGAAUGGAUGGCCCUUCUGGGUGUGAUCAUCACCUCGGCCAGCAGUGGAAUCGGAGAGACCACUUUUCUGGCCUAUUCUUCGCGCUACAACAAGAAUGUGAUAUCCACCUGGUCCUCCGGUACUGGUGGCGCCGGUGUCAUCGGUUCCCUGAGCUAUGCCAGUUUGAGAUCUUUAGACUUCAGUCCAAGGGAUACCAUGCUUAUAAUGCUGAUCUUCCCAGCCAUCGAAGCCUUUGCCUUCUGGCUGCUCCUCCGCCGUCCCCAGGUCGACAUCCUUCCGGUCACCACUGUUGAGUCCACUGAGGUCCUGAUCUCCGACGAGAAGCCGCUGGUUGGCUUCAAAGAGAAGUUCUUCUACAUCAAGCAUCUCGUCAAGUACAUGCUGCCCCUUUGUCUGGUGUACUUCUUCGAGUACUUCAUCAACCAGGGAUUGUUUGAGCUGGUUUACUUUGAGGACAUUUUCCUGGACAAGGACUCGCAGUACCGCUGGCUGAAUGUGGACUAUCAGAUUGGUGUCUUCAUUUCACGGUCAUCGGUGAAUGUCUUCCAGCUGGACAAGAUCUGGCUAAUGUCCAUCUUCCAGUUCAUCAAUGUGAUCUACUUCCUCACCGAGGUCAUUUGGUGGUACACCCCCAGUAUCUGGAUUGUGUUUGCCAUUGUCCUUUGGGAGGGUCUUCUCGGUGGCGGUGCCUAUGUAAACACCUUCUAUAAGAUGUCCAAGGAGAUCUCACCGGAGCGCCAGCAAUUCGCAAUGGCCAUGGUGGUCCAGUCGGAUUCCUAUGGCAUCGCCCUGGCCGGUUUCCUUGCCAUUCCCGUUCACAACGCCAUCUGCGGUCUGCCGGCGGCAGUACGUAGCGUUGUCUGGUGAUCGGAGAAUGGGAUCUAGAUCAGAAUCAGGAUCAGAUUAUGCCUUUACUGUGUGCAUGUGUAGCUAAUUAAGUGUGUGUGUCUGUGCAUGUCCCGAUAGUAUUAGCCACUGAGUGUGACUCCCAGGAGCCAGGUGCGUAGAUGUUAGCUAGUUGAUAUGCUGCUCCUGUUCGCCUACUCUAAGCCUAGUUUAAACGACAAAAAUAUAAAGUUAUUGCUCUUAAAAGCGGUAUUUUA